AGCCAUGUGGACUCAAGUAUUGCACCGUCUGUGGGACAAGAUGUUUCGCGUUCAAGGUUAACGAUUGAGGGGCGGGGCCACCACCACCUACCCGAAGGCUGUGAUGGUACAUGAAGUUCGCUACCACUGAAUUUCAGAGCGAGCUCCAGAACGAGGAAGUACCUCUUGCGUCUUACUCUGAGGAUGUCCCCAACGUGCCCGAGCCGCGGAUGUGGCCUGGUGCUGUCUUGAGCGUCGCUGUGAUGACGGCAGCGGCAUUUGUGGCGCUGAUCGGAGUGGCUGGCAUAUGGCGGGCACUCAAUGUGUCGUGAGGUGUUGACUUUACGAUCUUGGACGGGUAUGGGGAGCCGACUUACGAGUGCGCGGCGCUCAAUGACAUUGGUCGCAACUAUUGGGAAACGCUGUGCGGUGCGAGCAGCGCGUGCUUUGCGUUCAACUUGCAAGCGGACCCAUGCGGAGCACUAACCGGUACUUCAGCGAGCAGUUUAUACUUUCUGCUCGAUGGCCCUUGCGAGGCAGGGACCAGUCCAGGUUGGUCGCUUGGCCGCUCACUAUCAGGAGCGUGGCCGAAGAAUAUUGUGACAGGUGCAGCGCGUUGAGCUUGAAAACGGCUCCUGGCUUCGCCAUCGACGCGAACUUUUCGGAGUUCACGUACGCAGAGCGCAGCAGCCUACGCGUGCGUCUCGUGGACGGCUACAAGAGUCAGGGGAGGGUUUUUGCGUGGCAGUGGCCAAUAGCUCCAUUCGGGCAACCUGUCCAACAAUCGUCCGCACUCCAGAUGGCGCUUUGAUUGUUCAGCGAAGUUGGAGAUCAUGGCCCUGGCCCAGACGACUUGUUCGCAGCGGGUUCCUCUGGACAUCGUGAACAGCACCGUGAAGAUCUUAGCGAAGGAAAUCGUCCAGUUGUGCGCAGUCGCGGGUUGGUAUGGACAGUUCGCGCUUCUCUACGAUGUUCUUCUAGCCGGCCGUUCUCACAGGUGCUUGCCAGCAACCAGAUACCCAUCUAGCCUUUCUAACAUAUGUUUGCCAGCCAGAUUCCAGUCAAAUUUAAUUGGGGCAGACGGGCGUGCCCGCUCAGUUCGCCUUCUGGUCGACUUUGAGUCACGGGUAUGAAAUCUCCUCACUGGCUUCGCCGAGAAGCUCCGCAACGUGAGCAUUGCGCCGGCUGCAGAGUCGGCGCAGCAGACAAUGUUGGACCAAUCGGAGAAUUUCACGCGUUUCUACCAACCUGCCACGACACAUGUCGUGUGGCCCUGGCAGCAAGCAAACGAUCGGGGAUGGGUGUCUGCAGGUGCGGUGGUCCAGGGUGAGAAGAGCCCGACAACGGGCUGGAUCCAGGUCAGUUCGAGCGCGGCAUCAGGCGGUCGACGGCGGCGGCAGCUGACUUCGGAUCUGGGCUGCAGCGGGAUGAGCACUCAGGCGACCUUGCCUGUUGUCUGUGAAGUGUGUGUGUGUGUGAUGAGUCGACAAAUUCCAUGCAUCAC